AUGCUGUGGAGUCUGUUGUUCGUCUGUUUGAUCGCUCAAUGCAACGCAGAAACAAUAAAUCUGAAGGACAAAACAUCAUCCCAGUCUUCACAAUAUGAAAAAUUCACUUCUGACAGGGCUUAUGAUGGAAAUACGUUAACAUGUUCUCACACCAAGGAGCUGGUUAACUCCUGGUGGAGAGUCGACCUGCAGGGUGUUUACAACAUUUUCUGUAUCUCCAUAUACAACAAAAAUACUGAUACUGAUACUGAUACCAAUAUAUCACGUGCUCAGAUCUACAUUGGGUACUCUGUACAGAACAACGGAACCAACAACAAACUGGUUCAAAACAUCACAAGCUUCAAGAAAGCUGAAAACAAUGUCUAUGAAUUCCCCACACCAGUGCAGGGGCGCUACGUCACUGUGAUUGUGCCAGAACAUCAUUUUAUGAUUUUAUGUGAAAUCUUCAUUACAGGCACAAAAGUAGAAUCCCCGUUUAAACUGAUCAAGACAAACCAGACAUGGGAGGACGCCCUGUACCACUGCAGAGAUCAUCACAGAGAUCUGGCCUCCAUCCUUGAUGAACAGACUCAGGCCUUCGCUGAGCUGGAGGCCGAGAAGGCCAACAGUCCCUUCGUGUGGCUCGGCCUUCACUACACCUGCACCCUGCAGUUCUGGUUCUGGGUGGAGGACUAUGCUGUAGAGUUUGAGCGUUGGGAUCAGAGCAGUAAAAUAGAAGACUGUGCCAUGAGUGGUGCCAUGCAGACACAAGGACAUCUGUGGUUCAGCAAGUCUGACUAUGAAAAGUUUAAUUUCAUCUGUGCAUACUAA